AGUGAGGGGAAAAAGAGGGGGCGGCAAAAAGGCUCAGGCGCGGUUUUGUUCCGCUGCAAGUCAUUUUAGUGCUUCUAAGUUUCUUUUUGCUCACCACAUUCCUGCUAAGGAGGCAAGUCCUCAGAGAUGAAAUACAUCAUAGGCAUCGGAGGCGUCACCAACGGUGGCAAAACCACCUUGACCAACAGAAUCAUCAAGGCGCUGCCGAACUGCUGCGUGGUCCAUCAGGAUGACUUCUUCAAGCCACAAGAUCAAAUAGAAGUCGGGGAAGACGGCUUUAAGCAAUGGGAUGUGUUGGACUCCUUGGAUAUGGAGGCAAUGGUGAGCACAGUGCGUGCGUGGAUUGAGAACCCAGUGAAGUUUGCCCGUUCCCAUGGGGUGAAUGUUACGCCUGGCUCUAAAGAGCCAGCCUCCAAAGAUACCCAUAUAUUGGUCAUUGAAGGCUUCCUGCUUUAUAAUUACAAACCACUGAUUGACCUAUUUGACAUCCGCUACUACCUGGCAGUUCCAUACGAUGAAUGCAAGAGGAGGAGGAGUACACGCAACUACACUGUUCCUGACCCUCCUGGGCUCUUUGAUGGACACGUCUGGCCCAUGUACUUGAAGCACAGGAAGGAGAUGGAGGAUGGUGGUGUGGAUGUUGUUUAUUUAGAUGGACUGAAGUCCAGAGAUGAGCUUUACAAUCAAGUCUUUGAAGAUAUUCACAACAAGCUUUUAAACUGCUGACGAGUAAACCCCUCCCUGCUUCUGAGGGGUCAAAUGUGAGGGACUGGCUGCUGGGGCAACCUGCCUUGUGCCUGGACAGCCACAGGCUCCCUUCUGGCUCACCUGAAAGCCCAGUGUACAGGAUGAUGUAAAUAGUACUUAGAAAUCAGAAUGAGGGUUUAUUUGUGUAAACUCUUCUUACUCUGCCCUUUGGAAAGUAUCUUUUGUAUAUAAUUGAAGAAUGAAGAUAACUUAUUUACAAGUCUGUGAUGGACAGGAUUGUUUUGGGUUGUUUUGUUGGUGUUUUUUUAACCAUUUUAUAUUCCACUGGCUUGAACUUGAGUUGAAAAUGCAUUUUUAUAACAGAACAAGUAGAGCUGCCUGGGGAAAACAGCUGACUCUUCUGCUUUUGUGCUGCUGCAGAUACUCUGUCUUUAUGUAAUGGCUUGUUUGCAAUGUCAUCUCUUCAGCUCAGUAAAACUCAGUUUUAAAACCUC